ACUCCAUCUCAUAGGGACAACAAGCUGGGGGGGCCUCAUUGCCGUUGUGCGCCAGCCGUAAGCCACUGUGUAACGCAUUGUCCAGAGUAUCUGACCGGUUGAUUUCCCACAGCCUCACUUUUCUUCAGUUAUCCAACCACUGACCAUGGCUACCGUUGAGCAUUUUCAACCCCCUCAAGCUCUUGUUCCCCCUUUCCUCUAUGGAACUGCAGAGAAGACAGAUCCCACCCUCAUCCUCUCAGCUUUGAGAGUUGGCUACCGUGCCUUAGACUGCGCAUGCCAGCCUCAGUUUUACCAUGAGCAGGCUGUCGGCCAAGCGAUCGCCUCAGCAUUAUCUCCCGUGUCUCAGGGGGGGCUGGGCUUACGCCGAAGUGACCUCUUCAUCCAGACAAAAUUCACCACGCCUUCCGGUCACAAGCCUGGCCUGUCCCCCUACCUUGAAACGGACUCACCGGAGACCAAGGUGAAGAAAAGCCUUAAAAUGAGCCUCACUAAGUUGGGGGUUGGUUACGUCGACUCGCUCCUCCUCCACGGGCCAAUGCCAACCCUGGAAGAGACACUUCAGAUCUGGGCCGGAAUGGAAUCUGUAUUUGGCAGUAAGGUCCGGAAUCUGGGGCUUUCAAAUGUCUCCCUUGAGCAGCUACGAGUUAUUCACAGCCACGCAACCAUCAAACCAUCCAUGGUGCAAAAUAGGUUCUGGCAUCACAACCACUUCGACUCUGCCGUGAGAUCGUUCUGUGUCGAUCACAAAAUGACAUAUCAGGCAUUUUGGGUCCUAACAGGGAAUCCCCAGCUUCUAGACUGCAACAUCGUGGGGUGGUUCGCCGAGAAAGUGGGAGUGUCAAGGGAAGACGCACUCUUUAACCUAGUCUUGUCGUUAGGACGGGACGGGUCUAGAAUCUCAGUCUUGAACGGCACCACGAAUCCGGCCAGAAUGGUCCGCAGUCUGGAGGCCAUGGAGAGGGGCUUUGUAAAUGAAUUAGAUUCACUAGCCGAGCCACUGAUGAAAAAGAGCAUGGCUUGAGCAGUAUCAGUAGAAAAAGAAAUUAGAAGUAAAUCUAAUUUCAGGCAAAACCGAGUAAAAAAACAUGCAAAGCACUCAUUGAUAGUGUGGUUGAG